AUGGAUAUACAAAAAUUCCUAAUUUUGAAGAAUUUCUGUAAUCGUAUAAUUGGGAAGAGCAUCGAUGAACUUAAAGGCGUCAUCAGGCCCAAAGAAAUGGAAAUCCGCAGCUGCUAUUCAGAGACCUUUCUACUUAGCAGUGAAGGGUUUCUAAACAUGAUUCUACUGGAUGCUAUCUUUAUACUUGAGCUCUUCCGCAGGAAAUCUGAAAAAGAUUCUGGAAGCUCAAAGCCUCAUGAAGAAGAUUCUGAAAACUCAAAGGCUCAUUAUCAAAUAGAUUAUAUAUUAAGCCGGCCGUGCAUGGAAUUCAGCAUACGGCAUGACCUGCUUCUACUUGAGAAUCAGCCAUUCUUUGUUCUUGAGGAGUUAUACGGUCACUUAUGCCAACAUGUGGAACCCAAUACAGAAGAAAAGACUCUUCUUGAGCUCUCUUGUGGGUUUUUUGGUGAUCUCUAUGAUGGUGUAAAGCCAGAGCCCAAGAAGUGUUUUAAUUAUGAUUUGGUGGGAUAUUUUCGCCCUACACAAAUCCUAAGCCCAAGCUCACCAGAGCCCAAGAACGAUGCAGUUAAUGAUUUCAAAGAUUUGGUGAAUCGAUUUCCACAGGACCGAAGCUCACCAAAUUUCAUUGAAGUAAAGCAUUUCACAGAUUUGGUGAGAUAUUUUUUCCUUCCACAAAACCCAAGCCCAAGAUCAGAGCCCAUUGAAGUAAAGCAUUUCACAGAUUUGUUGAGAAGUCUUCUGCGUCCUUAUGAUGGAAUUAAAUAUACUGCAACAAAGCUUGAUGAGGCAGGGUUGAAAUUCACUAGGCCAGAUUCAGAAAGAGAUUUACUUGAUAUAAAAUUACGGCCGAAUCACUGCUUAGAAAGGUUCCAGUGCUUCAAUCUCUCAUGGCUCUUGUCUUGCUUACCCUUCCUGAAAAGCGAUUGCUUGGUACGCCGUGUGCAACGUUGCUUGGAAGUCCCACCCCUUUGUGUUGAUGACAAUACCGAAGGUCUUUUCCGAAACCUGAUGGCCUUGGAGCAGUGCCAUUAUCCAAAUGAAACUUACAUCUGCGAUUACAUUGUGCUGUUGGAUGAUCUUAUCACAACUGAAUCAGAUGUAAUGUUGCUUGUUGAAAACGAGAUCAUUGAUAACAAUUUAGGUUCCAGCGCUGCAGUGACGAAACUGUUUAACAAACUCGGCCUGGAGAUUGGACUACCUGGAAAUUCCCUUUACGGCAAUCUCUGUGACAGCCUUAAUGAGUACUCCAAGAGCAAUUGGAAUCGUCUGGUAGGAACCUUGACUAAGGUGUAUUUCUCAGACUUUUUUAAAGGCACUGCUACUGUUGCUGGAAUUAUUGUACUGGUUCUGACUUUGUGGAAUUUCUGCAGGGUCCUUAGCAAGGUCUGGGUUUAAAGCAUCUGUGGUAGUGUUUGUUGGAGUCCUAGGUAAUUUAGAUGCAGUAUUAAUGGAUCAUCGCAUCCAGCUAAAUAAUUCGUAGGAUUUUCUAAACAUUUUUAUUUUGGAAGUUUAUGACUUUGUUUUAGCAUCGAUAGAUCAGUGGAGAGUCUGUCUGUCUGUCUAUCUGUAUUGAAGCAAAUUAAGUUCUUCGCUCUGUUACUAUU